AGUGCGAGGGAGCGGACCGGACUUGUGCAUGACAUCAUCUUAAUUAAGAGCUUCCCUCCCCUUAAAUAAGAUCCCUCGCAAAAUGUUGUUAGCGGUGUGAGUCAAAACAGCAAGUGCCAGGCAGUAUUCCUGAAAGGCAACUCCGAGACCCUUUGAAGGUUUUGAGCGGGGAAACUCAAAGGGACAAAACAACGAUGUCCUUAUAGGUGGACUCCCAAACCAUCAACUUUACCUAACAUGACUUCAAGCUUUCUAAUGACUUCCAAGAUGGUGACAUCAAAUUCCACAAGCUUGGCUAAAACUUGGAUCAACAACACAGAUUCAACUUCAUGCUUUUUCUCUGCUACAAUGUGGGAAUGGAUACGGAUGAUCGGGCCCAUCUAUAUCUCCAUUGUUUGUAUCUUAGGUUUUGUGGGGAAUGCUUUUGUACUUUGUGUCUUCUGCCUUCACAAAAAAAAAUGCACUAUUGCCGAAAUCUACCUUGCAAAUCUUGCUACUGCUGAUCUGGUGAUGGUGAGUUGCUUGCCAUUCUGGGCUGUGAAUGUGGCAAAUGAUCUCGCGUGGACAUUUGGAGACCUCCUCUGCAAGAUUAUUGGGGCUGGCACAUCCAUGAAUAUGUAUUGCAGCAUCUAUUUCUUAGUCGCCGUAAGUAUUGACCGCUAUUUAGCCUUAGUGAAAGCUCUAUCAGAGGGAAGAAGCAGAAGCACUUCAUUGGCCAAAGUGACUUGUGCAGUUAUCUGGGUGUUUGGACUCAUAAUGAGUAUUCCUAAGCUUCUUAAAAAGGUGGAACAUUUCCCUGCACAUAAUGUCUCCUUCUGCUACCUAAACUAUACCCACACUUGGCAGCAUCUUCUUAACAACAACGUGCUAACGAUUGUCGGAUUCCUCAUCCCUUUUCUUUGCAUCUUAUACUGUACCUACGAGAUCAUUAAAGUGCUAAGGAACAAUUCAAUGCAAAAUUUUAGAGUUAAAACGGAGAAAAAGGCAACUCACUUGAUCCUAGCUGUUCUAUUAGUGUUUUUUAUUUGCUGGAUUCCAUUUCAUGUUGCGACAUUUAUCGAUACCUUGCUUGUAGCAGAAAUUGUCGGAGGAUGUGCCUUGAAGGACCUGAAUGAAUUCUUAAGUCAAUGCCUGGCUUAUCUUGCUUAUACCAACAGCUGCGUGAAUCCAAUUUUGUACGUAAUUGUCGGCAAAGGUUUUCGAAAGAAAGCCAUGGGGUUAUUUCAACAACUACGUAACCGGUGGGACAAAGCAAACGUCUCAGUAAGAUCAUACUUGUCCUCUACAAACCAAGGGAACACAUUAUCAAUCUAUGAUAAGGACUCCUCUCUAUAAGGGGUGCCACAACUUGAAGAAGUUCUCUAACCACAUUAGGGUGGUGUGGAAUGGGUGGCUUACUUAGAGGACAAUCAAAAGUGGCAUAACUGGUGGAAGUUCUUCCUAGCUUGAAGCCACAGAGCUUAAGGAUGGCUGCAGACUGGCUGGCCACUGAUGAGGAAGGACAGAGGUGGAGAAAAGAAACUGGGAUUAAGCUAUCACAACCAUAAUCUGUAGCCAGACAUAAUAUUCAUCUGAGAUGUCCAGUCCAGAAACAUUGGAGUUGAGAACAACAUUUGAAUUCCACUGGCUGAUUCCUUUAGAAACAAUAUGAACAGAAUAAAAUUUCUUGUGGACAUGCUCAUGAAAAAACAAAAUUAGUUAGUCAAAGUGAAAAUAACAGCUCUUGGGUGGCAAAAUGAAGGUAAUCUUAUGAUAGUAGCACUAAGCAGUAAUGCAUCACAGAGACAAUUUAUUGAACAAAAAGACAAGUGGAUCCUCUAAGCUGUAAAAGGCAUCAAAUGAAACUGUUCUGCUUGGAUAUCUACAGUAUGAACUAUAUCAUUCUUGUUUGAAGCUAAUUCAUAUUUUAUAUAGCAGUGUGCAGUAAAUGACAGUAGAAUUAUAUUAAUUCAUAAUCAGUGUCAUUUGUUUUUAAUAUGUAUUCUCAUUUACUUGUUCAUAUUUGAUAUUGCAAUUGUCAGAGAAUCUUUUAUUAUAUGUUAUGGCUUAGUUUUACAAGACCUAAUGUAUUUAUAAAAAGCUGGAAAUACUUUUACUUUGCUGUGUUUCUCCAGAAAAUGUUUUUGUAGGCGAGAUGCAGUACAACGGAUGUUCCAAGUGAACUGUCAUCACUGGUAUUUAAACCAGUCCAUAAAAUUAUGUGAGUUUAUGUUAAGCUUUCAGAUGUGUGUAUGUUUCUUUGCAGUGUUUAUAUUUGUGUUGCGAAAUGUGAGAAAAAAGAAACAGUCUCAAAUCAUUUGCAUUGUUUUUAACUCUUAGUCAUCGUGGUAAGUCUGUGCCUCAGAUAUUUAUACAGCUAACCCAGGCAGAUGUAGGACAAAUGGGGAUUACCCUCUUGGCUUUUCUUUGGCACACAAGUCUCUUGGUUAAGAGGUAGCUACCAGACCCGCUUUCACAGACAGUUAACUUCAACUAAAGUGUCAGUUCUUCUCACAGGGCUCCCUUUUUGGAAUGCAGUUUCUGGGUUUUAUCUGAUAAGACUGAUCAAUCGCAGGCAGUUGACAUCCAGUGAUAGCACCAUGAUGUACCAUUUAAACACAUAGUCAGUGAACAAAGAUCCAUAACUCAACCAUUGGUAACCAUAAUGGACAAGACUUUGCACCAAUUAUCAACCAAAAGGUUGUGUUUGUAUGCACCCAAGAAACCAAUGGCAAAACUCCACAGUUUCCUUUAUAACCCCAUUAUAAGCUGCAGCUCUUUGCUGCCUAAUCGCUCUCCACCUGGCCUUAAUUUCUGUUCUGCAGCAGGACCCCUACUGCCUAGGGUGUGUCCACAACCCAGGCUGGAGUGAGCCCCUCUAUUCCACACUAAAGCUGUAUCAUAAGACUGGAAGAGGACCUUGAUGUAGGUGAUACAAGAGUCCAAACCUUGCUAAAGAAAAGCAAGUGUACAAGCAAGAGAGACCAUACAUAAAACAGCACAUUGAUCCUGCUGAAGAAGGGAGUCAACUGAUCACCAACUGCCAAUCAGAUAUAUGAUUUAUGCUAGCAGCUAUGUUCAACAGGAAAAUUCAGAGCAGCAUUUCACACACACACACACACACAGAAGAGCAAACAAUCUGUGAACAAAUCAAUGCUGCUGUCAAAGUGCAGAUUCUAGACACUUUAUAACUAGAUAAGAACUUACCAGUCCAAUCAGAUGAAAGACCACAACUGUGUCAAGAACAUUUUAAAGCCUGUCAGGAACGAAUGCUGUUUCCUGUUUGCUUCUUUAGAUAAGAAUUAAGGAAACAGAAUUCACAAGUUAAGCUAGCGCAGAUAUAGGUUUUGGGUUGUUCAUUAUUGCCCUUUGUCUGUAUAUACUUGCAUUUGUUCAUCUUCUGUUAUCCUUGUGUUAAGAAUAAAUUGUAUUAUUUGGUUUGUUGCAGCAAGCAUAUCUGGGUUAUUUGCAAAAAUUAAAAGUUGAUUUAUGAGGACCUUCACCAAAUUUAUGAAGUAGUAGAGAUAGCUUCACAGUUCUGGUCUCCCGUGGUGAAGCUGAGAUCAUACAUAUACGACACAGAUAUUCUAAUGAUAAUAAUAUAUAAUACUACUCCUCCUCCUAAUAAUAAUAAUAAUAAUAAUUAGUUACUUUCAUAUAGCACUUUUCUAAUGUACAUUUGUGAACAACUUAGCCCAAUAUGCUUUUGGUUAAAAAUGACAUCAUAUACUGUAGAUCAGUGGUAUUCAAGUUCAGUCCUGGGGGCUCACUGCGACAGUAGGUUUUCAUCCUAUUCAACUUCUGCUUUUAAUUGGAUUCCUACUUUAAUUUAGCAAGUGUUUAUUUCUGAGUUUCUUUGUUUUGGUGGAAAUCUAGAAGUUAUAAAAUUGGGCUUUGGAAGUUUUCUAUUAAUGUGUGUCACAUGGAGAUAAUUUAGCAUUUUUCAGUAUUUUUAAGAUUUUCACGUUCUUUAUCUCAAUUUUCAUUCUACUUUUCCCAGUGUUCUACUUUUUAAUGUCGUUAUUUACUAAUGAGCACGGUACUGGGUCUGACACUGCAGUAGGCUACAGGCUUUCAGCAUUCAGGGUUAUUUGCCUGGGUGACCACUCCACUAAUCAAAUACCUACCAUUAUUAAAAUAAAAUUAAGGAAGUAAACUCCAAUUAAAAAAGUGAAGCAAAUGGAAAGCAAUAAAAGAGAAUUAAGCAUUUAUUGCUAAGGCAAAAUGCUAAUUAUUUCUGACGUUCAUAUAAUUGUAACUCAAAGGUACUUUUUAUUGUGUAUUGAAUGCUGAGCAAGGGCGGUGUCACACUAUAUAGCUUGGAGCCUGAGGUCACGUCACAUUUAACAACUGCAGUUGCCUCGAGGAUAUCGUUUUAUACAACUGUGAUUCUCAUGAGAUGAAUUACAUGACUAUAUCAUGGCUUCUUGGCACAGUUCUAGAGAUCCAUAUCACAAAGUUGACACACCAUUGCUGCCAAUCAAAAUGGAGCAUCUUUUUUUCUUUCUCCACUCUCACCUCUUACAGCAAAACUGAGGUACUGAAUAGACAUUAGUGCUAUCUCCAAAGUUCCACAAGUGUCUCCCCAGUUUGCAUGGCACAGAAUACUCAUUUUCCUCCAGUUAUUUAGGCCACCAUUGCAAUUCUCUGUUCUUCUUUUAAUUGUAGAUUUGAUUGGGCUCUUCUCUAGUUGAGGGAAUCGUACUUCCAGUUGACUGAUUGGUAACUGUCGCAUAGAGAGAAGCCCCUUUCUACAACUUAUGACAAAAUCGAACCUGUUUGAUUUUCUUAUGGCUAGUUAUACUGCGCUCUGACAUACUCAUUGGGUCUGCCACACUAUUGGUGAUGAAGGACACACACCAUUACUAGUCACAGCUCACUAAGAUUAUUUCAAUGAAGGCUAAAAUUUAAAAUCACUCUGAAUGUUAUGUAGUGUGCCAGAGGUUUAAGAGAAGGAAGAAUGCCACCUACUUAAACCAUGAGAUCAAUUGUGGUAAAAAGACUUGCUGAUUGUAAAACUAUCUGGAACAAAAUCCUCCACCCAAAGGGGGCCCCCAGUAGCAAACUUGAGAGCCACUGACAUCGAUUACACACUUUCAUUCUAAAAUUUCAAAGAAUCCAUAUGAUCAAAGAAAUGUGCUUACUGUGACAUUCCUCCAGUGUUACAACAUCAGAUCAAAUCUGCUUUUGCAACUUUUACAUUCUGAAGUACAGGAGUAAACUGCGCUCAUAAAUGUUGUCCUCACAAACAAGCUAUUGAGUAAAACUUGGUAGAAGAAAAAAGUAAUGAAGAACUAUUGUUUAAAAUGAGAAGUUAGGCACAUGAUUAUUUAAUGAAACCCGUAAAAGCAGAAUUAGAGCAAGAAAGCAAAUUUUGUGUAUUUUAUGCUUCUUUGUACUUAUGUAUAACCUUGGGAAUGUAAAGUGUUUAAAAAAAAUUGAAUUUUCACUUAUCACCUCGACUUUAGACUUGUGAAGGUAAGCAAAGGUGGCCAAAAGGCACAUUGUCAUAGUAGACGUAUUAAAAGAUGCACUUUACAAAUGUGUAACAGCAAAGAAAUGAAGAAAAUUAAUAAAAUGUGUAUAUUGUUUAACUUCA